AUGCGGGCAGCUUGCAGCGCAAAGUUGCAGAAAGCUUGUAGGCCGUGUAUGGGUGGCUUUGCGCAUGCCAUGCUGCGCGCCGCUGGCCUGGCGUCCCUGCUCUCAGUAUGUUCGGCAUCGUCGAGCGACGCACUGCUUUGGGGUGGAGCCACCGACAUCUCAACCUGUGUGCUGGCAUCCCCGUUCAUCCGCUCGAUGUGUGAUGGGACGCUUGAUGCUAGACACUUCGCACAGUAUAUGAUACAGGACAUGUCCUGCUACAUGCCUGGUGCUACAGAAGUGCUUCUGUCGCUCUACCAGCGUUCCCUCAAAGAGCACGGUCCCCAGAGCAACUGGACCUUGUUCUUCAAGGAGACCCACGAGAACUACCGGGUCUAUGGAGAAGCCGAAGCCAAAGGCUGGAAUCUGGAGAAGGUGGGCCCCAGCAACGCAUGCACGGCCUAUGUCGAUUUCCUCCGGCAGACGGCGGAGUCGGAAUCCUUGGCACAGGCAGUGAUCGCCUUCGCACCCUGCAGUGUUCUUUGGGACUGGCUAGCCGUGCGGAUGAGGCGAUGCGCAGUUCCGGGAAAUGCCUACACCGACUGGAUAAAGGCCCUUCCUGCCACGAAGAAACAGGCGGAUUUCAAUGCCUGGGAUCCUCUGCUUCAGGAGGCUUUGCAGCGAGACAGAGCACAAUCGCUGCAGACUUUCCGCAAGGCUAUGAUUCAGGAGCUUGAGUUCUUCAACUCCGUUGUUCCGGGUUUCAAGCCUGCGACGUCUUUCCACUGCGAGGUUCCGCCAGAGCUUGCGAAAGGAGGCAUCCGCGAUGCUGAGCGCAAGGGCGACAAAGUCCUUACGUGCCUCGGGCUAGGGUUCAUCGCCCUCGGCGUGCUCCAGUGGUGCUUCUGUCAGCGCGGGCCGAUUCCACCGAUGGAGAAGCCUCUUCUUUGA